CAGCCUACUACUUCGAUCAGUUCGACCUCAAGACAGUCAACAGUGUAGUGUAGAUCAGCUGCCGUUCUUGAUUAUAGUCAUGGCUACCAGCAGUUUGACGUUCGGCGUAAUACUCUCAUGCGCCCUGCUUUUGGCCACGGCGACCCAUGGUCUCCAGGUGGGUUACUACAAGAAGACGUGUCCCAGUGCCGAGGUCCUCGUGAGGGCCGCGGUAAAGAAGGCCCUGCUGGCUAACCCCGGCGUCGGCGCCGGGCUCAUCCGCAUGCUCUUCCACGACUGCUUCGUCGAGGGCUGUGACGCGUCCGUUCUGCUGGACCCGACGCAGGAGAACCCGCAGCCAGAGAAGCUGGGGCGUCCCAACAACCCCAGCCUACGAGGCUACGAGGUGAUCGACGCGGCCAAGAGCGCAGUCGAGAAAGCGUGCCCUGGCACGGUGUCUUGCGCUGACAUCGUCGCCUUCGCGGGGCGCGACGCGUCCUACUUGCUCAGUAACUCCAAGGUUAGCUUCCACAUGCCGGCAGGCCGGCUGGAUGGACGCAAGUCACUCGCCAGCGAGACAGGUGUAUUCCUGCCCGGCCCGUCCUCCAACCUUUCCAGCCUCGUCUCAGCCUUCGCCGGCAAGGGGCUCAGCGCCGAGGACAUGGUCGUGCUCUCGGGCGCGCACUCCAUCGGUCGCUCCCACUGCACCUCCUUCGUCCAGACCCGCCUGAGCGCCCCCUCCGACAUCGCGGCGUCGCUGGCGACGUUGCUGAGGAAGCAGUGCCCCGCCAACCCGACCACCGCCAACGACGCGGUGGUGUCCCAGGACGUGGUCAGCCCGGACGUGCUGGACAACCAGUUCUACAAGAACGUGCUGGCACACAAUGUGCUCUUCACCUCGGACGCCGUGCUGCUAUCGGCGCCCAACACCGCGAGGAUGGUCCGUGCCAACGCCAGGUUCGCGGGCUCCUGGGAGAAGAAGUUCGCCAAGGCCAUGGUGAAGAUGGCCGCCAUUGGCGUGAAGACCGGCCGUGACGGCGAGAUAAGGAAGAACUGCAGGCUCGUCAACUAGGAAGCUGCGAGCGAAGCUAGCUUUAUUCUCUUGAGCAAGCUAGAAUCAUCACGUUUGCGCUUCUGCUUUUGAGGAAUUGUUUUCAAAUUACGUACUUUUUGCUUCCGUCGCGACGAUGUUGUACUUUUUUUUAAAGACAAUUAACUCUGCUUUUAAGAAAGUUCGCUGGGAUUA